AUGGCUCUGGGGAUCCGCGUCCGCGCGUGGCCGACCUGGAUAACGAUCACAUCGACGGCGUACGCUCACGAGAGCGGGAGUAGGGGUGGGGAAGCGUAUGUCAAUUACGAGUCCGAGGAUUGGCAGCAGUCGGAGCAAUGGCGCCCCAAUAGGCAGGACCCAUUCGUGUCCACAGCGACGGGCACCGCGGGCAUUGCCUGGGCUACCGUCAGCUCCUCGGUCGCUCAUUCCUCUACUUCUACCCCCUCAUGGGUCUCUUGGACAAGCUCCCCUCCCGGGCCUGAAGCCCCAUGCGACUGCAACUCCGUCUACCGGUUCGCAACCAGCAUGGCGACGCUCUCAGAUAGCCCAUUCUCCACCUCGACACAACCCGCCAUUGUCUCUGACACCCUCUUUCAGACACCCAUGCAGAUGGAAAACACAACCUCGACCGACGUGGUCACCAGUACCACUGUCGUCACGGAGCUAACGACAUCGGUCCGAACGUCAGUCUCUGUCCAAACGUCGGUCACAUUCGCAACAGCGACGUCCUCGGACACGACAAAUCAAGGAGGACUCUGGUUUUCCACCGUCCCAACACCGUCCCCCACCUCCACCCAAACCCAAGGCUCCACUCAACACUCGCCUGGUCUUUCCGGAGGCGAAGUCGCAUUCAUCGCGAUCCUCGCCUCGAUCGUCUUCGCAGUCCUCGUCUUUGCCGCGUUCUUCGUCUGGAACAGCCGCCGCCGCGCCCGCCUCGCAGUGCGCUCCUACGGCGCCGGCGACGUCGUCGACGUCGACCCCUCCGAGCCACGCAGUCCCAUAGCGCCCUCCGAGAUGUCCGAGAUGUCGGACAUGGGUGCGCCUGUGACGAUUGCGGACCAGGGCAGUGUCAUCGCGAUCGGAGCAGUUGGUUCAGGCAGCCGCAACUCUGCGUCCCCUGCGCCUUCUAGAGCUGCAAGCGGCGGCAACUGGAGCAUGCGCAGCAUCACGGGGGUCUCCAGGGCGGUAACGCCCUUGGUCCUCCCUCGACGACCACGAACUCCGGCGCACGAAGAGGACGCGGGGAGCAUCCACACGAGCGACUACAUCGACGGCCGGUUCGACGGCCGGGACACACCCGACACCGAGCUCUCCGUGGGGUCGAGACCGCUCCCACCUGCGUACGGGACGCUCCCGCCGCGCAACAGCAGUAGGAUCCCGAGCACAUGGGCGCCGCCGUACGAGGUGACGUCGCCGCAGUCGCCGCUGGCCGUGUCGUCGCUCCUAACCGCCGCGCUCUCGCCCUCCGAGUCACCGUUCAGCGACGCCGCUGCCGUGCGGAUGCUGCCGCCGUUUCCGCUGCCGCGGCCGAAGGCGUCGUUGUGA